AGAGAAGAUCUUGUAUGAUCCUUUCCAUUACAAUUUUGUCUCUAUUUUUCCUGGUGAGAACAGUUUUCUUUAUAUUAUCACUGGAAAAACAUGAAAAAAAAGGGAUCACCAUAUCCAAUGGAUACCAUCUUGUCACACAUGUAAGUUUCUCUUUCCCAUGUAUCUAUCUCCUUCAUUGCAAAUACCGCCAGCAUUGAUUUAGAUUUACAUGUCCAUUUCCACGUUUUAUUCACAAAUCAAUCAAAGGUAUCCCCAACUAUACGUGCAUGCAUGUUUGAGCGAUUCAAAUAGAUAACUUUAAAAAUGAGAAGAUCUGGGAGUAGAAGAAAAAAAGGUAACGUUUCGCAACCAAAUUCCCCAUCGUCAUCGAAUAUCGCUUUCGAACCUCACCCUAGCCCAAAAAAGUCCGAUCAGAUUUCACGUCGCCUUCGCGAGCCCAAGCUCGGUCCAACGAAUGAACACCUUAAAGAAAACCAGAAGGAAGAUGUUAAGAUUGCAUGGAGGCAGUUGAAGCUUGUUUACGAUGACGACAUAAGGCUAGCCCAAAUGCCAAUAAAUUGCAGCUUCAGAUUAUUAAGAGAUAUAGUAAAGGAAAAAUUUCCAAUCUCAAGAUCAGUUUUGAUAAAGUACAAAGAUAAUGACGAUGAUCUUGUGACUAUAACCUCCACGGAAGAACUCAGAUUCGCCGAAUCUUGCGUAUAUAAAACCGAUUCAGUUGAAAUUCUGAAACUAUAUAUCGUCGAAGUUAGUCCCGAACACGAACCACCUUUGUUGAAAGAAGAAAAAGAAGAAGAAAACAAUGAAAAACAGAAACCUCUAGAUUGUGUCUUGGAUGAGAAAAUGUGUACUGAAUGCAAUAAAGUAGUAGAGAAUCUAGAGAUUGAUGAUUGGUUAUACGAAUUCGCUCAGUUAUUUCGGUCACGUGUUGGAACAGAUAAAUAUAUUGAUUUUCAUGAUCUUGGAACCGAGUUUUGUUCAGAUGCGCUUGAAGAAACUGUGACUAGUGAUGAAGCUCAAGAUUUGCUUGACAAAGCUGAAUUUAAGUUUCAAGAGGUUGCUGCUUUGGCGUUUUUCAAUUGGGGAAAUGUUCACAUGUGUGCUGCUAGGAAAUUUGUUAGAAUGGAUGAAAAUGAGAAUGAGGUUUUAGUGAUGAACGAAUCUGAAUUUGAUUUUGUUCAGGAAAAAUACUAUUUAGCUAGAGAAAAGUAUGAACAAGCAGUUGUGAUUAAACCUGAUUUUUAUGAGGGAUUAUUAGCUAUUGGACAACAACAAUUUGAAUUGGCUAAGCUUAAUUGGUCUUUUGGGAUAGCUAAUAAGAUGGAUUUAGGUAAAGAAACACUUCGGCUUUUUGAUGUUGCGGAGGAGAAGAUGACAGCCGCGAAUGAUGCGUGGGAGAACUUGGAAAAAGGAAAACUUGGUGAGCAAGGAAGUGUUGGUAUGAGAUCACAGAUUCAUCUUUUUUGGGGGAAUAUGUUGUUUGAAAGAUCUCAAGUGGAAUUUAAACUGGGAAUGAGUGAUUGGAAGAAAAAGUUGGAUGCUUCUGUCGAACGGUUCAAGAUUGCUGGGGCUUCUGAGGCUGAUGUUUCGGGGAUUUUGAAGAAGCAUUGUUUCAAUGGAAAUGCAAGGGAUGAAAAAAUAAAGGGAUCACCGAGAACACACAAUGUAAUCAAAACGAUGAAAUAGAUAACAAUGAAUGUGGUCGAAUUUGAGAUGAAAGAAUGAUGUGUCUCCAAUGAAGCCUAUGGACAGAAUUUCCUUCAUAAUUUGAGCUCAAAAUGAACUUCUGUUCUGGAAUCCUUUUAAACACAAAUUGAAAAUUUUGGAUAGUUCUGCAGCUGUUUUCCCAUGAAAUUCUACCAUAAGCAAAUUAUUUCUGAAUAUUAUUUUUUUGAUUGAGUUUCCAAUAAUUAAUUUCACAAACCAAAGAUUAGUCUAUUGUUCUUGUUCUCUUGCUAUCAAAUGAAUAUGUUGUUGCAAUGUUUUG